GGGGCCCCUGUGUCCUUGCCCAAACUCAAAAAAGCCUAUGAAAAAGGUACCAGGGGCAUCUCAUGGGGCCACCUACUGACCCCGGGCCCUCCAAAUGGGGAUCAUGGGGCCCCUGUGUCCUUGCCCAAACUUAAAAAAGCCUAUGAAAAAGGUACCAGGGGCAUCUCAUGGGGUCCCCUACUAACCCCGGGCCCUCGGGCAGUGCCCGAGUUUCCAAAUGGUCAGUCCGCCCCUGUUUGUAUCCAUUUCAGGGGCGGACUGACAACUCAU